AGACCGCACCUUAUAUUGUAGCAAAAACUGCAUGAAAUUCCUCCAAGUAAUCAUCUUUGCACAUAUUAAUAAAUGCCAUGGAGAUCGACGACGCGCCAUUCGUUCCGUCCACGGAGCGCGCGCUGGACGCGUCCAACUGCGGUUACCGCUUGUUGGUGAAAAUGGGAUGGCGCUCCGGCUCCGGCUUGGGCAAGCGCGAGCAAGGCAUCGUGGAGCCCCUUAAGAUGAAAGAAAACCUCGUUUGCCUUGGUCUUGGCAAAGCGGAAGAGUACGACAAAGUAACACAGUUGGCCACAAGCGAACGUCGUAAAAUGGACACAGAAGUGGAGGAGACAGCAGAGCAAACCGCUGUUCGGGAGGCCAAAGGAGCGAAGGAAGAGCAGAUCAAAGCACUGGUCAAGAACAUGCAGGCUGCGUUCUAUUGUGCUGAUUGUCGGAAACAGUACAAGACGGUGGUCGAGAUGGAAAACCAUUUGAGUUCGUACGACCACCACCACACCAAAAGGCUUAGGGAGUUGCAGCAGCGGAAACGACGCGUAGGAUCAGAGGAAGAACAAAUUUCAAAGCGCAGAAAGGAACAGCAGCAGGAAGCGAUGAUGUUGCAGAGGAGGAUAACACAAGCUGCCCAAUCCAAGGCGACGAACGAGACUGCAGUUGUUGCAGAAAGUGACAUUGGUGGAAAGGAGAAAUCUACAGAGACGACAAAAGUCGGCUUCAGUUUUGGUGGGGGAAUGAAAGUGGGCUCGAAGAAACCACCAAGGAAGAAGCUUGCUAUUUCCUCGGCUUUUUCAACCCCGUUUUCAUAGUAAAACGUUUUAACUCGGGAGGAUUCAAAAGUCCUGGCAAGACUAGUGAUCUUUCCUACGGUUUGUUAUCCUGUGUGUCCGAUCACAAUGGUGGACAUUGCCUCUGAUACCGGUUAAUGAUGAUGCCCAGAUCCGGUGACGCUGAUGCGAUCAAGCCUUAUAACUACCACUCUAAAGACUACAGCGAGGCUACUCAUCGAUCUUGAGAAAUCGCGGAUCCAUGUUUGAAGAAACUCGGCCGAAAUGUGCAUAACCACGAUGGCGCUUAGGUUGCUGUGUUGCAGUGUCGUUAUCGGUGGAGAUGCCAAACAUACCUUCAUGUGGCUGUGUUACGUUUGUUUCAGUUUGUGUUAUAUCAGCCACAACACCCGCCGGCAUGCUGUGUCGCGUUUUGAGCUGGCGCUGACGUCUGCUUGCCUUGGCCGAGUCUCUUGCCUGGUCAUUGUAUGCGUGAUUUCGCUUCCACAGCAGAUCAGCAAGAGGUGACGACCGCCCCGAGCUCCGACGCUUAGAAAGACUAGCGUGACGACGCUCAUAGUGAGGACUUCGCAACAGCCGCUUGCUUUCGGUGGGGAUAACAGACUUGUGGACUGACGUAACAUGCACCCGUUGAGAAGCAUUAUCCGGUGUUCGAUCUCCUGCGGUAGUAUUAUCGUCAACGCGACUGGGAUAGGGGGUUCUUGAUUCAUAUUCGAGACUUGCUGAUACCACGGGAGGGGCGCUGGGUUUUAACGAUUCGGCUGGAAAUACUUUAGAAUGAAGCUCUACGUGAUCGAACGAUUCUGCCGCAGUUUCACUCUUCAUCUUGACUGUUUCGAUACUAUCGGGUGUGUACUUCACGUUAGCCGAUAAGGAUCGAAUAUAUCCUAGCACUUCACAGUCCCUGUCAUGAUAGCAAUGUUGACUCUUCACUUCUUUCAUAUCCUGCUGUAAUUUACCA